AUGCUCGCCUCCCUAAACACCGCAACCAGCAUCAUCGGCGCGGUCUUCAAACCCCCAAUCGCCAAACUCUCAGACGUCCUAGGACGUGCAGAAGCCUACCUCUUCACCGUUUGCUGCUACGUCAUCUCAUACAUCCUCUGCGCCGCGUCCAAGGACUUCGACACCUACGCGGGAGGCGUCAUCCUCUACUCCGUCGGACAGUCGGGCAUAACCGUCCUCAACGCAGUCCUAAUAUCAGACCUAUCCUCAAUGCGCUGGCGCGGCUUCGCCUACAACAUUCUCUACCUCCCCUUCCUCGUCACACCGUGGGUCUCCGCAUUCAUAAUCGACAGCGUCGUCAACGGCAUCGGCUGGCGCUGGGGAAUAGGCAUGUUCGCCAUCCUCAUGCCCUUCUGCGCCAGCCUCAUCAUAAUCACCCUGGCUGUCUUCCAAUCCCGCGCAAAACAAUCAGGCCUCAUCCUCAAGCAACGCCCAACACCCUACGACUUCUGCUCUCGCAUCGAUCUCGGCGGCACCCUGCUCCUCAGCGGCGGCUUCGCCCUCCUCCUUAUCCCAAUCACCAUCGCAUCUACAACAACCUCCCGCUGGAAAACACCCUGGGUAGACGCGCUCAUCGCGCUAGGCAUACUCUCCCUAGUAGCUCUGUACCCGUACGAGCGCUACAUUGCCAAACACCCCGUCGUCCCCGUGCGCUACUUCCGCGUCCUCGCCAUCGUAUCCUCCGUCUGCCUCACCUGCAUCGACAACGUCGGCUUCGGCGUCACACACACAUACCUCUACGCCUGGUCGACCGUCUCGCGUGGUUUUUCCGCGCGCAACGCCCAGUUCCUAACCUACACCAACGGCGUCAUGCAAGCGCUCACGGGCAUGGUCAUCGGGCUUAUCAUCUACCGUCUGCGCAGCUACAAAUGGAUUCUCGUCGCCGGUGCGAUCAUCCGAUUAAUUGGCUACGGUGUGAUGAUCCGGCUGCGCACGAACGACAGUUCCAUUGCAGAACUCUUCAUCGUACAGCUCGUGCAGGGAUUGGGCAGCGGGAUCAUCGAGACAAUUGUGAUUGUGGCGUCGCAGAUUAUUGUCCCGCAUAGGGAGCUUGCGCAGGUGACGUCGUUGCUUAUGUUGAGUGCGUUUUUGGGAAAUGGGAUUGGGUCUGCGAUUGCCGGUGGUAUUUAUACGGAUACGUUGAAGAGCCGGCUAAGAGCGAGACUUGGGAAGGAGGUUAGUGAAGGGAAACUGGAUAAGUUGUAUAAUUCGAUUACGGGGGCGUUGCCGGCUUGGGGGUCGUCGGAGAGGAUUGCUGUGAAUAAAGCGUAUUCGGAUGUUAUAGGGUAG